CCUCCCGCGGGCUGGCCGGGAAUGUCAGCGCGGUGACCCCUCGACCGCCGCCGGACUCUGACCUUGCACCGGGGAAGGCACCAUGGCUUCCAGGCUGCUGCUCCGCGUCCUCCAGCGCGCCCUGCCCGGCAGCGGGCGGGCCGCAGCCCCCGCCAGAGCCAUGAGCGCCAGGGGUGUUCCCAGUGAUGAGGAACAGGCAACUGGACUUGAACGGAAAACUCUAGAGGCUAUGAAAAAAGGACAGGAUCCAUAUAGCAUACUCAAACCCAAGGGAUAUGCAGGAACUAGAGAGGAUCCUCAUAUUGUUCCGUCCAUCAACAAGAAGAGGCUAGUAGGCUGUAUCUGUGAGGAGGACAACUCUGCUGUCAUUUGGUUCUGGUUGCAUGCAGGAGAAAGCCAGCGUUGCCCAUCAUGUGGUGCUCACUACAAGCUUGUCCAUCACGAUGUCCCACAUUGAAAAUCUAUGUUAUUUAACUGAACCAAAGCGGAUUUCACUGUGUCUAAACUGCACAAUAUGAUGUGCACUUAAAUCUGCAUGCAAAAUAUUUACUACCUUCAUAUUUGGUUUCUAUUGGAUUUCAUUAAAAACGCCAAUCUUGUUGUUUUACCCUAGGUUAAUUAAAACUAAAUGCACAACACUGCAAAAAUGUGUGUCAUGGAUUAUCAUCCUUCAUAAAACUGAGGAGAGUUUAGGAAGAAGUGUUCUACUAGUACUGAUUAAUAAAUGUGGGUUGGUUUUCUUUCUCCUAUCUCUAAUAAAAUUCCUUAGUCUUAUGACUAAAGCCCUACCAAAUUCACAGCCAUGAAAAACACAUCAUGGACUAUGAAAAAUCUGGUCUCCCUUGUGAAAUCUGGUCUUUAGGGUACUUUUACCCUACGCUAUAUCUGGCAUAGCACAGUAUUGCCACCCUUACUUCUGUGCUGCUGGUGACAGUGGUGCUGCCUUCAAAAGGGGCACCCAGAUAGCAGCUGCCACUGAGUGCAUAGCUCUGAAGGCAGCAAAGUAAGGAUGGCAAUACCCCCCCCCCCCACACACACACACACACCACACAGCCUUGUUACCCCGUGUUGGGUCAGGACCCCCACUCUGAGAAAUGCUGAGUCUUAAGGACUUUACGUGUUUAUAUUUUGUUGUUUCUAAAUACAUAGUUGUGGCUUGUUACAACACCAUGAAAAUUAACUUUUAAAUAUCUGAAACCUUGCAAUUCAAGAUUUUAAAAAGCUAUGAUCGUGAAAUUUACAAAAAUGGACUGUGAAUUUGAUAGGGCCCUACUUAUGACCAAAACAUUUUCAUUGCUGUUGGUUUUUUAACUCUCAGAUGGUGGGAGUAUGCCUGCGAAUAGUAGUAUGUGAAGAAAGUUAGAGGUCACACCUGAGCUAUAGGCAUGUGCAUGUAUAAUGUCAUGGCUGCAAUCAUACACCACCAGGAGAUUGUUAUAGCCUUAUUUACAUUUUCCCUGUGUUGUGCUGAAUUGUUUCAAUACAACAGUCACAGCCAGGAUGGUCUCAAUAUUCUAACUAGUCUUUUACUUAAUGAAGUUACCUUCUGAUUAAAGAAAUAUGCACGAUAUGUGCAUCCAUACAUGAAUAUGUACAUGAAGCAACAAACUUUCAUUCAAGUAUUUUAUUUUAUUUUAGCUUUGUUUUCACUGCAUUUUAAAAAUCUAAAAAAUAAAUAAAUAUUUGUUUCACA